AUGGCUGGGCUCGAUGAAGGGCUGAUGGAUGUGGCUACCGGUUCGUCUUCUUCGGAUCUUCUUGGUGAUGUUCCUGACGAAGAUGUGAAUCUGUUGUUAGGUGAGCUGUACAUCUCUGAACGUCAGGAGCAGCCGGAACUAGAGGAACGGACCAUCAAGUUUCCUUCGUUGGCUUCGGAACUCGUAAAAACUUUGGAGACUGCUGAUCUGAGGACCUGGAAACGUCUAGUGGAACUAUGUAGUGUUGUGAAAAAUGACCAUUGUGAAGCAAGGAUUGGUGGCGUUACUCUGAACAUCGGCGGAUUCGAAUCGUUAAAGAAGAUUUGGUGCGGACAUUUGACCAUUCCCACGCCAGCGGACUUAUCUGUGUCAGAGAAGGGAGCUGAGAUUUCGGAAGGAUCUUCAAACGAUCAUUUGGAAUUAACUGAUGCUGUCUUCAAGGAGCUGAAAUCCAAUCAAGUUAAGGUUCCGUUGCCAGUUCCAGGGACUUUGGUUGCUGAUUUCGACUUUAGUACCGCGAAGUUGGAUUUUACCACGGAAUCGAGAAAAAAUUCGAAGAGAAGGGCUGUCCUCAUCAUUGCAACAUCUUUAUGCAGUUCUUUUCAUUUGCGUGGAAAGGAUUUUACUUUUCGUACCCGGAUUCGUGCUGAUCAACGGACUGAGCGUGCUGUUCCAAAUUUUUCGCAUUUGGUUGAGGAUUUGGAUGUCGACAUUUAUCAGUGGUCUAUGUCCGGCUGGUCCGUGGUCUGUGGGGAUGGAUCGAUGUCUUCUACCAAUCUACGAAAUCGGGUUUAUGCGGACCUUAAACUGGAUGAGUCGUUUAUUUUUGAUGGGGUAUCAUUGCAACAUCUUUAUGCAGUUCUUUUCAUUUGCGUGGAAAGGAUUUUACUUUUCGUACCCGGAUUCGUGCUGAUCAACGGACUGAGCUGGUCUAUGUCCGGCUGGUCCGUGGUCUGUGGGGAUGGAUCGAUGUCUUCUACCAACCUACGAAAUCGGAUUUAUUCGGACCUUAAACUGGAUGAGUCAUUUCUGGUUCCGUCCCCCCGGUUUCUUGCUGACGAAUGCUUCUUAAUGGACAUCUUGUGCCACAGGGUAUAUGAUUUCGAUCAACGUGUGGAUUUGGGACCAAGUGAGGAAGUGGAGAGAAUCCCUUGUACCCCUGCAGUUGUUGAUGAGAUGGCUGGUACUUCAAGAAAUGAAGUUGGGGCAAUCGUUGGUCUUGGAGAUGAGGAGAUUCUUCAGUUUAAUUUGGGACUGGAUUUAAAUGAAGGCGACCGCCCAUUUCGUCAUUGGAGUUCAAUCUUUGAAGUGUCAAGAUUCAUGCCCGACAAUUCUCCGACGUAUUUCAACAAUGUUGGGAAAUCAAUGAAGUUAACUGAUGCUGUUUUCAAGGAGCUGAAAUCCAAUCAAGUUAAGGUUCCGUUGCCAGUUCCAGGGACUUUGGUUGCUGAUUUUGACUUUAGUACCGCGAAGUUGGAUUUUACCACGGAAUCGAGAAAAAAUUCGAAGAGAAGGGCUGUUCUCAUCAUUGCAACGUCUUUGUGUAGUUCUUUUCAUUUGCGUGGAAAGGACUUUACUUUUCGUACCCGUAUUCGUGCUGACCAACGGACUGAGCGUGCUGUUCCAAAUUUUUCGCAUUUGGUUGAGGAUUUGGAUGUCGACAUUUAUCAGUGGUCUAUGUCCGGCUGGUCCGUGGUCUGUGGGGAUGGAUCGAUGUCUUCCACCAAUCUGCGAAAUCGGAAGGAAUUUGAAGAAAGAAAUGUAUAG